GAACCCCCGGACCCCCCUUUCUUUCAGCUUCCUGGCCACCUCAUUUGGAAACCAGAGAGAAGAGAGUAUCCGGGGGAGAACCCCCGGACCCCCCUUCCUUUCAGCCUCCCAGCAACCUCAUCCCAAAACCAGAGACCCGGCGAUAGCCGUUAUCACCACGUGACAUUCAGACGCAAAACAACCCCCUCAACAAUGAACACCACCAGACAAACCCCAAAAUAAACAAAACACAACAAAAAUGGCCUCAUGGCCAUGGCGCCAGCCACCGGCACAACCCCCGAAUUCUACCCAGCCUACUGCUUCAAAGCCUCCCCCACGCACUUCACCUGGGUAAAGAUGGCCGCCGCCGACGUGCUGCGCCUGCGCCGCCGCGCAGACUAUCCAGAAACAUACUUCCAUCUAAACCACCCAAUCCGCUUCAUCUCCCUCGCAGGCCUCAUCACAGCGCGAACCGAGUACGCGCGCGUCACCGUCCUCUCGCUCGACGAUAGCAGCGGCGCGUCUAUUGAUAUCGUUGCCGUCAAAGCCGAUCCCUACCUAGCCCGCGCGGACGCAAAGCCAAACACAAACCCAGAGCGAGACGGUGGCGCAGACGCAAACCCAGCCCAAGCCCAAAACCCAGGAGGCAAACAAAACCACAUCUCCCCCACAACCCAGCACACCCUCGACAUAACGCCCCUCGUCCCGGGAACACUCGCCCACGUAAAAGGGACACCGUCGACGUAUUCCCGCCCUACGGUAAACCCCCUAGGGACACGGACACGGACACGGACACGGACAGGGACAGGGGAAGGAACGAGCACGGUACAGCUGCACCUGGAGCGAUUCACGGUGCUAGCGUCUAUCAACGCCGAGAUGCGGUUUAUGGAUCAGCGGGCGCGGGUGCGCGUGGAGGUGCUGUCUGCGCCGUGGGUGCUCAGUCCGGCUGAGGUGGUGCGGCUGCGGGGCGAGGCGGAGCGGGAGGAGGAGCGCGUUGAGGCGGAAGCGGAGCGUGGGGUGAGGAGGGGAAGGCGCCGGGUGGUGCGGGAGGAGAGGGAGUAUUCGAAGAUAUUGGGGACGUGGGAGGCUGAGGAGAGGGUGCGGGAGCGGGAGGCGAGGAUUGCGCGCGAGGCUGGGGUUGAGUUGAUGCGGGUUCUGGCCAUGGGGGAUGGAGUGGAUGCAAGGAAGAGGAAAUGGGGAUUCGAUGGUGCUGGGGAAGGGGAGGAGGGAUGA